AUGCCGACAGCAGACGAAGAAAUGACGUUGUGUCCUGUCGACCUAGAGAUGCUCUGCGUGUCGAUAACGAUCCAGGGCAUGGACAUCGCCUCUAAGCUUAGAACCUAUGCAAUCUUUGCCGUACAAGGUCUUUGGGAACAAUGCUCUCAAAUGGCUACAAUUCAAAAGAUGCUGCAAGACAAGAGGUACUGUCCAUGGUACAUGCUGCAACAAAACCUUGGUCAGCGUGAGGCUCUAGUAAGCAAGCCGAACGUGCGACCUCCGCUUCCCCAGCCAGUCGAGCGUCGUGUACACUUGACGUCGACCACCGAGGACUUGGAGGACAUCAAGACGCACCUGCAGCUCCUGCACGCAGCUCUAGACAAUCUUCGGCAGAGAGGAGAGCGGAUAAACGAGAACUUUGGUUGGCUCCAGAGGCUCGUCCAGGACAUUCCGACGUGUCGCUGCGAAGCUCCACGAGAUCGGUGCACCUCCUGCACACGGCUGCCGAAAGCAGGACCGUUGCUGGGACAUUCGUGCAACAUCAGAGCCAAUCGCAGAGGCGAUCGGCUCGGUGGAUGUCCGACGAUGCUGCAGGUGGACCGACUGGACGUGCCAAUGAACGUGGUCAAACGGCCCACUGCUGUGCAAGCCUUUGGCGCUGCGCUCUUGGACCAACUUGUCAAAGCUGUGGACGAAGGCGACGCACAGGGUCUCUUCUUGUUCGAGCAACAAUCGCAGUUGUCUCAGAUGCCUGCACCGGCCGAUCACCUCGACACGCAGGAUUCGGGGAAGCAAGCGCGGUUGGAAAUGCAAGACGGCUUGGACACUGAUCAGUCACCAACAAAGACCAACAUCGCCCUAAUGUACCAAGUGCUGGCCCGAGACGUCUAG